UAUUAUGCAUACGCACUUACUGUAUAAUUUAAAUAACAUUAAAAUGGCAUAAUAAAUUAUAACGUCAUAAUUUUCCCGCUCAAACUCCCAGCAACGCGAGUCGUUAGUAUUAAAACAAUAUCAGAUAUAUUACAACAUGGAAACCAGGUUCACAAAUACGAAAUUUAGUUAAAUACUAAAAACACCGAGAGAACCCAACUUUAGGUUUCAACUUGUGAGGAAUAAAGCGGAUAUAAUUCAAGAAAUACAGUAAUCGAGAUCAGUAUCAUCUUCAAAAUUGUGAUCAUCGCGGUCUUGUUUCUAAAAGCAUGGGCGCACAAAGCUGCGUGUUUACGGUAAAUGCGGCGACCCGGAAGAAGACUGUGUGCGAAAGGGCUACCAGGAAGUGCGGAAAAAUAAGUGUUCCUCAGUCAACACACCGGCUAAGGUGGAUUACUCUCUUCUUUUUUUUUUUUUUUUUUUUUUUUUUUUUUUUUUUUUUGUUUUGCAGUUAGCCAAGAAAAUGCACAGGACAUCAAACGGUUGUUGUUUAAGGUUAAACCCUUAGCUCUUCUCGGAUUUGGGCGGCAGAAUAAAUGUUCGAGAUCAGAAGAAGACCAUGUUCCCCAGCUCUUCCAUCGUGGGGUUCGCUCCGUUCCUCCCUCCUCCUCGGUGCGCGCGAGGCAACACUGUGACUGCGCACCACGCGCUGCCACUACCGUUCCCGCUGCCCGCCCUGUCGCCGCCGCCACCGCAGCUGCAGCUGCCGGCCGAGUCGCACUUCAACAUGAGGAACAAGAGCUUCCGUGGUGUUCCUCCAAACGCUCUUCCCCGGUUCCCUUCAAACCCUCACUGUGACUGGACUCCAGCUGUUGGCACACCUCCUCUUGCACCUGGUGGGCCACCAUUGACGAUGACUAGGAAGAGACGGAAUGAUGAACACAGCCUAUAUGACGUGAAGCGACAGCGCUUCGGUUCCCCAGGCAUUUAUGGAAGGACCCCUCAAGUGGUCUCCCCACUGCCUGUAGCUCAGUCAGCACCACCAAAGCCACCUAUUGAGGGCUGUCGGCACCCCCCAGGCAUUCAUAAACCUAAACAGACUGGCGGCACCCUGGUCCUCAGGAGGGAGCUUUGCCCCAGCAUUCCUGAAGACCCACUCAUACUGGCUGGGGACAAGCUCAGCCAACAGAUCCUGGCCCUGUUCCAAGCAUGCCAGCAGCAGAAUGAUGACCUGGAGAAGAAGGAGCGCUGUCGAGCACAACUUCAGAAAGAGAUCCGGGCCCUUUUCCCACAUUCCACAGUUUACUUGGCUGGUUCCACCCUUAAUGGCUUCGGGAGCCGAAGCAGCGAUGCAGACCUGUGCCUAGUUAUCAAAGAUGGAUCUGUGGACCAGAGAACAGAUGCUGUAUACAUACUCAGUCUUAUACGCAAGUUGCUUUACAGGCUGUCGUAUAUUGAAAGACCGCAGCUUAUCCGUGCAAAAGUGCCCAUACUGAAAUUCAGGGAUAAAGUGAGUGGUGUGGAGUUUGACUUGAAUGUAAACAACAUUGUUGGAAUACGGAACACAUUCCUUUUGAGAACCUAUGCAUACAUUGAGAGCCGUGUUCGACCCAUUAUCCUCGUGAUAAAGAAGUGGGCCAGGUAUCGGGGAAUCAACGAUGCAAGUCGGGGAACUCUAAGCAGCUACUCGCUGGUGUUGAUGGUCCUGCAUUACCUUCAAACCCUGCCAGAACCUGUCAUUCCCUGCCUUCAAAAGGAUUAUCCAGAAUGUUUCAGUGUUUCCAUGGAUAUCCAUCUUGUGCCAGAGGGACCGAAAGGUAUUCCUCCUUUCAUCUCCAAGAACCAGUCGACCUUGGGAGACCUGUUCCUUGGGUUUCUGAAAUACUAUGCCAAGGAGUUCAAUUGGGACAAACUAAUGAUUUCAGUUCGUGAAGCAGAUGCUCUUCCAAAGCCCAACUGCCGAGAAUGGAAAAACAAGUUCAUUUGUGUGGAAGAACCCUUUGACAGAUCCAACACAGCAAGAGCGGUUCACGAGAAGGUGAAGUUUGAUGCCAUAAAAGCAGAGUUCACAGAGUCUUUGCGGCUGCUGCAGUUGAAGAAGGACUUGAAUGCUAUCUUGCCAGUAAGGGCAACGAUACAGGAAAGAUAGUGGUCACAUCCAUCCUUCCCAGUGGUGAAGAACACACUUGCUGGCAAUAAAUGGACAGAACUGAUCUCAUAAUUCAGGGAUUUUUUUGAGAGGUUAAAGGGGAAAACACUGCUUCAAAAUGUUUUAUCUUUUUUCUGAAGGUCAUGUUAUUGCACUGACUGGGAUUUAGUUGUCAUCAUAUCCACUUUCCAAUUAAAAAGAAUGCAAAAACUAACUUUUUCAGCUGAAGGCCUACAUAUGGCUCUCUUUGUUGGACAUGGUACCUUUCACGGGUGGUGUGCACCUCAAAGGCAUAGCCUGAGCACAGGAUGAAGAAUUCAGUGUUAUCCUCAAGAUUUUAAAGUUUUUUUUUUUUUUUUUUUUUAAAGAUAAUUUUCUGUAUGUUCAGAAUAUGUGUGAGGUCACAUUUUUCUUGAAUUUACUGGGGAGUACUUUGUAGGGGUGUUUUUGGUGAAGAAAGUGAGGUGUAUAACAGGAUAUGUUUUUCCAAGUUGUCCCUUAAAUGUGGAUAUGUAUGGAACUGAAUUGAGUGUUAUUCGUUUUUUUUUUUAAAACCUUUAUACUAUUUUUAACCUCCCGAGGAAGUAAUCUUAGGGAGUAAGAACAUUGAUCUUACUCUGAAGAUAACUUUGAAGUUCACAAUAUUCACUCUGCACAGACUCCGUUGGUUGUUAUAUGGGCUUUUGUAAAGAGCAGUGAGGGUCAUUCUGAGAACUCUGUUUGUGUCCGUGAGGCCGGCCAGCUUUAUGGUCCCAGUGUCUUUAAGCUGAAGAUGCUAAAUGGCCAAAACGUCCCUUUAAAGGGGAAAUUGGAGUCAGGUGGAAUGAUGGCUAUUGCAAAUGGAAAAAUGGACCUUUGUAAGAAUUACAUUAAUGAAUUGUUUGAGAAAGGCCUAAGCUCAAAAGACUUGUGAACAUGUCUGUCUCUGCGAGUGUGUGUGUGUGUGUGUGUGUGUGUGUGUGUGUGUGUGUGUGUGUGUGUGUGAGAGAGAGAGAGUGAGUGAGUGAGUGAGUGGAUGUUAUGUUGGCACAUCCUGGGUUGCUUUUGUUUGAAUGGGAGAUGUAUGUGCAGUUAUACAUGUUUCAUUGAGAUUUUUUGAGGUUAAGUAAUCUUAAAUUUUGUCUUGGAAAUGAAACUUCUAAAUAUUUAAGUGCAAUUUUAUUUUUUUUUCCUGUUAUUGUAAUUAGCGAUGUUGAUAUCAUAGUAUUGUUAUUUUUCCUUUAUUUCCUUUUUAUUGCCUAACAUUCAUAGUCCACAGUCAAGUCCACCAACUGUCUGCUUUUCAGAAAUAUUCCAGUUGUUCUCUGGAAUCAACAUUAUUUUUGUUAGUUUUAUAUUACUCUGAGACUAAAUUCCAUGCUGUAGGUGUAGGUUGUACAUAAUCUGAAUACCUUUGUUUUGAGAGUAAAGGAUUUAUUUAACAUUACAGAAACCGAAAAAAUUGGGAUGUACAUUGGGAU